CUGUUCCUGUGGGCCUGUGUCUUGAGUUCACCAGGCAGCUUUCUUGCCACAGACAAGUUGGUCUUACCUGUGGUCCCGAGGCUCAAGUUCGCUCAUGGGGUGCUACCCACGGGUUCUCUGCAGCGGCAGCAACCAGGAAGACCUGUGCCGCCCCUUCCGGGAGCUUCAGUGCACCAGGGUUCCAGAUGGACUUUGGCUUUUUCCUCUGGCGUCCGAGAUGUGUGUGCAGAGAGCAGUCUCUUCUGGUUUCCCAGGCUUGUCUACCUCUCUGAAGGGUCUGGGGGCAGAGAGCUGCUGCUGGCCGGGAUCCGCGGGUGUGGGACUUCCGGUAAACACAGAACGUGCCUGGUCCUACAGGAACUCUGCUUCCGUGUGUCCCAAGCUCUCCAGGCAGCUCUCCCGCAGCAGAAAAGUUGGUCUUACCUGUGGUCCCGAGGCUCAAGUUCGCUCGUGGGGUGCUGCCCACGGGCUCCCUGCAGCGGCAGCAACCAGGAAGACCUGUGCCGCCCUUUCCGGGAGCUUCAGUGCACCAGGGUUCCAGAUGGUCUUUGGCUUUUUCCUCUGGCGUCCGAGAUGUGUGUGCAGAGAGCAGUCUCUUCUGGUUUCCCAGGCUUGUCUGCCUCUCUGAAGGUUCAGCUCUCCCUCCCACGGGAUUUGGGUGCAGAGAACUGUUUAUCUGGUCUGUUUCCUUCAGGUUCUGGCGGUGUCUCAGGCAGGGGUCCUGCCGCUCCUGGGCCCUCCCCCACGGGAGCCCAGAGGCCUUAUACAGUUUCCUCUUGGGCCAGGGAUGUGGGCAGGGGUGAGCAGUGUUGGUGGUCUCUUCCGCUCUGCAGCCUCAGGAGUGCCCACCUGACCAGGCGGUUGGGUCUCUCUCUCACAGGGUCUGGGGGCAGAGAGCUGCUGCGGGCCGGGAUCCGCGGGUGUGGGACUUCCGAAAACAACCACCCUGAUAAACCACUUAAGGUGUUGGAAGAACUGGGCAAAGAGUUCCUUACAGAGUACCUAGAAAAAUUGGUACAAAGCAAUGUAUUGAAAUUAAAGGAAGAAGAGAAACAAAAAUUUAACAAUGCUGAACGCAGUGACAAGCGCUGGGUUUUUGUAGAUGUCCUGAAAAGGAAACACAACCAAGUGGGCAAAAUGCUUCUCCAGACAUUUCUUAAUGUGGACUCAGGCAGCCACCAUGGUGAAGCUAAUUUGGAAAUGGAGGAACCAGAAGAAUCAGUGGACACUCUCAAGCUUUGUUCCUCCGAGGAGUUCACAAGGCUGUGCAGAGAAAAGAAGCAAGAAAUUUACCCAAUAAAGGAGACCAAUGGCCGUACUCGAAAGGCUCUUAUCAUAUGCAAUACAGAGUUCAAACAUCUCUCCCUGAGAUAUGGGGCUAACAUUGACAUUAGUGGCAUGAAAGGCCUUCUUGAAGAGUUGGGCUAUGAUGUGGUGGUGAAAGAGGAGCUUACGGCUGAGGGCAUGGAAUCAGAAAUGAAAGACUUUGCUGCACUCUCAGAGCACCAAACAUCAGACAGCACAUUCCUGGUGUUAAUGUCUCAUGGCACAUUGCAGGGCCUUUGUGGAACAAUGCACAGUGAAGCAACUCCAGAUGUGCUAUUAUAUGAUACUAUCUAUCAGAUAUUUAACAAUUGUCACUGUCCAGGUCUACGAGACAAACCCAAAGUCAUCAUUGUGCAGGCCUGCAGAGGUGGAAACCCUGGGGAAGUGUGGAUCAGAGAGUCUUCAGGAGCCCACUCCUACAGAGCUGUAGAUCUACCUAGGAAUAUGGAAGCUGAUGCUGUCCGCAUGAGCCAUGUGGAGAAGGACUUCAUUGCCCUCUACUCUACAACACCACACCACUUGUCCUACAGAGACAAAACAAGAGGCUCUUACUUCAUCUCCAAACUCAUUUCCUGCUUCCGGAUACAUGCCUGCUCUUGUCAUCUAUUUGAUAUAUUUCUGAAGGUGCAACAAUCAUUUGAAAAGGCAAGUAUUAAUUCCCAGAUGCCCACCAUUGAUCGGGCAACCUUGACAAGAUAUUUCUACCUCUUUCCUGGCAAUUGAGAACAAAGCAGCUUGAAGAAGUGAUCUUGGCCAAGGAUCAUGAUAUAUACCUGCAAUUCCAGGAUUAGGGAAACUGAGGAAAGAAUAAUUAUGAAUUCAAGACCAGCCUCAGCAAUACUGUGGGAUUCUGUCACAUAAACAAGCAAACAAGCAAAAAUAAAACAAACAAACAAAAAACUUUA